AAGGUCCAUAUAAAAAGUUCGCUAUCUGACACCCUCACUAUAGAAUUUCGCCACGUUCUCACUCUCAACUGGGCGUAGUUAUUCUCAUCAAGUCCAAUAGCAAGCCUCAGUCAAGGCCCAAAAACAAAUGAAUAAAAUAAUUAUAAACAUUAGAAAAACAUAAUAGAAAUGAAGAAAUAAAAUAUAAAUAAAAAAAGAAGAAGGAAAUUUCUAACGUGGUGGGCUGCAACUUUGACUAAGAAGAAGAGCCAUCCGCCGCUCCUGCCAAACCCAAACCCAAGCAAACCAACCCACCAGCUUUUACUUUUCUUUUUUUUUUUCCCUUUCUUCCCCAAAACUAAACUAAACUCUGUUUUCAUUUCAAGCUCAAAGACAAAGUCCUCCAUUGAUAUCCCUCUUUCUCUCUUUCUCUCUCUCUCUCUCUCUGUCUGUCUUUGUCUUUGUCUGCUCUCCAGCGUAUGCUUUGCCAAACGAAAUCUACAAUUUCAAUCUCACGCCCAAAGCAAAAGCAAAAGCAAUAGCAAAAGCAAAAGCAUCCGAAUUUUCUAGACUUUGGGUCAACGACGUCAAACCCAGAGAUGCUCCAGAUUUUGAUCGGUCAACGCCAGCUGCUUUUCCAAUUAUUAGACUUUGAAUUAGAAUCAGAAUUAGGGAUUCGUUUAUGAAGAGGCUGAGGCUACUGAGCUGAGCUCCUGGAAUUUGUGAGGGAAAUAGACGCAGUGAUGUCCACCACCUCGGGCUCUGCUUCUGUUUGGCUAUUUCUGCUGUUUGGUUUCCUUCAACUCCUUAAGCUCUCUGGCAACGUUGAAGGUGACGCAUUGAAUGCGUUGAAGAGCAAUUUAGUUGAUCCUAACAAUGUUCUCCAAAGUUGGGAUCCCACUCUCGUCAACCCCUGUACAUGGUUUCAUGUCACUUGUAAUAGCGAAAACAGCGUCACGCGAGUUGAUCUUGGCAAUGCCAAUCUCUCUGGUCAAUUGGUGUCACAACUUGGUGUUCUCUCCAACUUGCAGUACUUGGAACUUUAUAGUAAUAACAUAACUGGAAACAUUCCAGCAGAGCUUGGAACUUUGACAAACUUGGUCAGCUUGGAUCUUUACUUGAACGGUUUACGUGGUACCAUUCCCGACACACUUGGCAAGCUAGAAAAACUACGUUUCCUGCGUCUCAACAACAACACCUUGACGGGGGAUAUUCCCAUGGCUUUGACUAAGAUUCAAUCGUUGCAAGUCCUGGAUCUUUCAAGUAACAAUCUGACUGGAGAUAUUCCAGUCAAUGGUUCUUUUUCACUUUUUACUCCUAUCAGUUACAAAAAUAACCCUCUUCUGAAACCUCUUCCAGCCACUCCAUCUCCUCCUGUUUCUCCAACCCCGCCAAGUUCUCCAGGUUUUACCAGUUAUAGUAUUCUUGUGAUAUGGACUCAAAUUUUUUUUUUCAGAGAGCAUGAUGCUGGACACAUGAGAACAAACAAGAACUGCCCCAAGUAUGGUGAAGAUCAGGAAACACACAGCGACACUCCAGAUCUGGAUAAAGCAGAUGGAAAGAUCACUGCUCUGAAUCCAUCUAAUCAGGCUCAGCAGAAAACUACGACAAAGAAGCUGGUACCUAAAAGUGCAACUAAAAUUGCCGUGGUUGAAGCUUCCGAUGUUGACGUUGGUCUGAGUACAAAGGUUCUUCCAUUGAAAUUCAAAUGUGGGUCAACUGAAAAGCUUCCUGAUAAACAGGCUCUUGGAGAGACAGAGAGCUCUGAACGUCCGGUGGCAUCUGAUCCGGAAACUGGGAAGCCCACUUUUAAGGUGAACAAGAUAAUAAUAUCGAACAAGAUGAAACCUGAAAAUGCACCUGUUGAAUCUCAGAAGCCACCUAUUGUGAUACGGCCUCCCACAGAUACAGAUAAGGGCCAUAACGACCAUCUUGUAUAUCCUUAUAUGGCUAAUGGAAGUGUAGCAUCAUGUUUAAGAGAUCGUCCAGAAGCACAGCCUCCACUUGAUUGGGAAAUAAGAAAACGCAUAUCAUUGGGAUCUGCAAGAGGCCUUGCUUAUUUGCAUGAUCAUUGUGAUCCAAAAAUUAUUCACCGUGAUGUCAAAGCUGCAAACAUAUUGUUAGAUGAGGAAUUCGAAGCAGUUGUUGGAGACUUUGGAUUGGCUAAACUCAUGGAUUACAAAGAUACGCAUGUUACCACAGCUGUACGUGGCACAAUUGGUCAUAUAGCACCAGAGUAUCUCUCAACUGGAAAGUCGUCAGAGAAAACUGAUGUUUUUGGAUAUGGAGUAAUGCUUCUUGAACUUAUCACUGGGCAGAGGGCUUUCGAUCUUGCUCGGCUUGCAAAUGAUGAUGAUGUGAUGUUGCUUGAUUGGGUCAAAGGAUUGUUGAAAGAUCGGAGAUUGGAAGCUCUUGUUGAUGCUGAUCUAAAUGGUAACUAUAACGACGGCGAAGUGGAGCAGCUGAUCCAAGUAGCUCUACUCUGCACGCAAGGCUCCCCAGGGGAAAGGCCCAAGAUGUCAGAGGUUGUCAGAAUGCUUGAAGGGGAUGGUUUGGCGGAAAGAUGGGAGGAGUGGCAGAAAGAGGAGAUGUUCCGCCAAGACUUCCCUAUUCAACAUCCAAGUACGAAUUGGAUCAUGGACUCUAGUUCUCAAAUUCCACCCGAUGAGUUGUCCGGUCCCAGGUGAUACGCUUCUUCAUUCCGUCCUCUGUAUACAUGUAAGAAGCCUUCAGGAAUUGACAAGGCCCAUUUUGUAUUUCAGCAAUACCACAUUUGUGUAUAUGUCUGUCUUUUCUCCUCUUAUUUGCUUUUGUUUUCCAUUUUAUUCUUCUCUAAUGUCUUGUUUAUAUCACACAAUGGAGCUGGUGCUGCUGUAAUUUUUAUAGGGUUGUUAACUGGCAUUAUGAAAUUAUGGUGCUAGCAACACGGCAGGAACUAGGAAGGGCCAUAAAAGCACCCAUUCCUUAUAAUUUUUAUGUACCCGGAAAUUAGUCAAGAUUGUCGAAUAAAUAAAUCUUUAUUUCCUGCAUCGCAGAAAGAUUUUGUAUUAAAAUUAAGGUGUUCCAUUACCAU